CUGGAUCGGAUGCUGUGUGGCGGCGCAGACGACGGCCGGGGUCUGCUCUGAUCGUUGCUGCCGCCGCACACGCCAGUCUCGCGGCACCUCGCGACCGGGACGAUUUCGACAAAACACUCUACUCCUCUCGCUGCUCGUCGCUUAGCAACCAAACAGUCAUCAUCAUCAUCACCCUUAACAACAACAACAACAUUACCAACGGACGUAACAAAAAAGCAAAAAAAAAAAACAAAGAAACAAAAGAAUUCGAGAGAUGCUGUCGUUGUCGUUCUUCCACGAUUUUCGCGCUUCAAUUUUGAGCCACGUCCGACGCUCGAUGAUGUCCAACGAGGAGGAUUGAGUGAUAUGUUCGAAUCCUGUGGGAGCAACGAUGUUGCACUCGUCGGCGGUGGCCGUCGUACCGACCAAUAACCAUCAUCACCAUAGCAACAGUAACCAUCAGCAACAGCAUCAGCAGAUGAUGGUCGAGCAGCCGAGCUGGUCCAGCCAAUCUGCGAGUCCCUCACCACCGCUGCCGCCUCCGAUGGUCGCCGCCUCAGCCAGAUGGGCACGGGUCGAACAACAACAACAGCAGCAGCAACAACAUCAGCAUCUGCAGCAGCAGCAGCAAACACCCAGCUCAGAGACGACGUCUUGUCCUCAUUGCAGAGGUCGUCUGGCCUCGUUGCCAACGAGAACCACUUCGAUCAGCAGUUAUUCCGGCUGCAAAGGUAACACCACAACCAUCAUUAUCAAUUGA